AAAGCAUUCUUUUAGUGGGGCGUGCGAUCGGUAAUGAAUCAGACUCCUUUGCCGCAACGCAAAGAUGGCUUCUCGAUCACAGUUGGGUCUUCAGUUGCUGCUCGUCCUACUGCCGGUGCACCUUGCUUGGGCGCAAUAUUUCGGCCAGCAGCUCAAAAGCGUCACCCAAUGGAAGGCUGCCGAUUUUGCGUUCCCUUCAACGCAGGAACGCGACGAGGCAAUAGCCUCGGGACGUUACGUGCCGGAGAACUGCAUUCCGCUCGACAUGGAUGUAGAUUAUUCCAAUCCUGCCCGAUCGCGCUUAUUUGUGACACUUCCGAGGUUCGUCGAAGGCAUUCCGUACACCUUGGGGCGCGUGAGCCGUGUCCAGGGACCGUCGGGACCGCUGAUAGAGCCCUACCCAAAUGCUGCCAUUCAAGCGAAACCUGAGAGCAACAAUUGCCUCGGAAUUGUCUCCGUGUUCCGGAUAAAGAUCGACGAAUGCAAUCGUAUGUGGGUGCUCGACACGGGAAAGAUAGGAGAGAAACGCAUCUGUCUGCCGCAACUGCUGGUGUUUGAUAUGAAGUCGGACAAAAUCAUCCAUCGCUAUCAAAUUCCGGCCGAUCAACUUGUCUGCGAACUGUCGCUCUUGGUGAACUUGUUGGUCGAUGUUCAGGAUCCUUCACCGCUGGGAUCGUGCCAGAACACGAAGGUGUACAUGGCGGAUGUCACGGCACCAGCGAUGAUUGUGUACGAUAUGUCCCGAGGCAAGUCCUGGCGCAUAACCAACAAGCAGAUGCAUCCGAAUCCCGACUACGGGACGUUCACCAUCGCCAAUGAAAGCUUUGAUCUCAUGGAUGGCAUCGUGGCCAUGGCUCUAUCACCGCGCAUACCAUCGAGCAAUGUGGUGUUUUCUUCCAACUACGGAGCAAGCUGGCGUCCAUCCAACGACCGAUUGCUGUAUUUCCACGCGUUGGCGUCUGUGACGGAGAACGCCGUUCGAACCUCGGUGCUGCACAACGACACCGUUUGGGAAGAGGACGUCGAAGCACAGCCACGGGCCUUCCGGCCUAUAGGCUCCCGUCCAUCUCAGGCCGUGGCAGAGGCUAUGGACAGUAAUGGCAAUUUGUUUUUUGGACUCGUUGGGCAGAAUGCGAUCGCUUGCUGGGACUCGACGACCCCGUACAGCCCCGCCAAUAUGCGCAUUGUAUCGCAAAACAGCGAAACGUUGCAGUUUCCGAGUGGGGUGAAGAUCAUUCGCAAUCGAAAGGGCGCUGAAGAAUUGUGGGUGUUGACGUGCCGCUUCCAGAAAGUAAUGACCGGUUCGUUGAACACCAAUGAGACCAACUUCAGAAUACAGGCCAUACAGAUACCGGAGGUGCUAGGAUUUAAAACAUCGUGUAGGGUUUAAAACAUCGUGCACGGAAAUGAAGAGAAAGAAAAUGGAAAAUAAAUGUUACCGAUAGGAAAUGAAACUGUGUCAUAUUGAAUCGGAUCGAUCUCUGAGAAUAU